AUGCUACUGGAAUACAUAUUUGAGGUAUGGGUAAUCUUGAUUUUACAUGAUAAAUUCAUUCUAGCAUUCCUAACUCCAUUUAUCUUUGGGUACUUUAUAAUAUAUGAGGAAAUUUCUGGCAUUUAAACUUCAUUUAGUGUAGGCAAAUUUUGAGUCCAAGUUUCAGUCAACCAGCCAAGUCAACAGUUAGCACCACUCAAUUUAGCUCACACACUGAAAUUGCCAGUAGAAUGUUAAUCUCCAUGAAUGAGAGUCUUUGUGCCUGAAUUUCCAACUGUUGUAUUCCCAGCACGCACAACAGUGUUUGACACAUUAGGCAUUUUAUAAACAUUCGCUGGAUAAAUGAGUGAAUGAUCAAUCCCUUUAAAGGUUCUCUGAGGCUGGUUAUAAAAUUAUAGGGAGCAGGUUUGGUGCUAGAAUUCAUCAGUUAAUUGAUCAGCUGAGUCUCAGUAUUGAACAGAAUCAUCUCCCCUUCAGAGUUUUGAUUUCAAGUAGCUCCCACCUUCCUGGAUGUAAAGGCUUGUUCUGCCUUUGGCUUUUCCAGGGUGAGAGAGCCCUGUUUUAGUGUUGGUUCCCCACUUUGUCAGCCGCUGAUCAACUGUGUUCUCCAUUCUCCAUACCAAUUAUAACCAAAGCUUUAACACGCGGUUGUUUUAUCCAUUCUGUGACUGACUCCUUCCUCUGAGGCUACAUCUGAUGUAAAGAUACUUCUUAGGCAGUUCUCAAAGGCUGCUUUCUCCAGCCAGAUGCAUCCUCAGGAGUAAUAACCCCUCCGAUUGUUGCUCAGGUCCCUCCCUCUUGAAAUUCAUGUAAGACUGCCGCGCCCACAUGGUUUCUUUCCAUUCUUCUUAGGAUCAAAGUGCCUAAAUGUCUGUGACCAUCUCUACCCAGCCUGCAGACAGAUCAGGGCAGGCUUGAGCCUUUGAGAAACUAAGCAGUUUAUGUAGCGCCCCUGGCUAAUGUUGCAAAGCCAAGAUCUAGCAGUUCACGUGGACUGGAAAAAGGGUGAAAUGGGUCGUUUUCAAUUGCUGUUCAUCGUCAGAGCCUACCUGUCUUAAGGCGCGAAAAGAGGGACUCCGCCUGCUCUACGGCAGUAGGGUUGAAAAUGGCUGCUCCCAGCAAGCGUCCCCUGGGCGCAGACGUAUUGCGUCAUAAAGGGACGGCUGGUGCCGUAUUCCGCGUCUCUGGAAAGACGCCGAAUGGCCCUCGCCGGCCGCCAUCCCCGAAACUUGCGAGUGUCGCGUCUGCAGUGUGUGGGGUUCCCGGAGCGGCGGGCAGAGGCGAGUGUUUAGAGACUUAGGGUCUCUGACUCGCCUGCAGCGGUGGAGACAGGUCAUCGGUCUGGUCUGCGUGGGCUUCUGGGAAUGUUUCAGGGGCAGGGAGAGCGCGCUUUUUUUUUUCUGUUGUUCGCUAGCGCGUGAGGUCCGUGUUGCGGGGAGCUCUCGGGGAGUCUUCGCUCGGAGUUCGUUUCGCAGUCGUGUUGGGGUUCCCAGAGUCUGGGAGCCCAUGGUCUCCGCAUUGGAACCAGCGCUUGGGAGGUCUUCGUUGCACAGUAGCGCUAGGGCGUCGUGGUGGGGAAGCGAAUCGUGUCAGUGUUGGAGACUGCUCUGGGCAGUUCGUGUUCAUUGCUUAUCACAUGCGUACUUAAAAAGGGGUCUGCUGGUCCCCUUGCUUCCCUGCUACUGUAUAUUCUGUAGAAAAUUGGUUUUCAGGUUCAUUGCGACCCAAGUAAUAACAUCCCCAUCAUUUUAAAUACUCCUCCAGAAAAUAACUCUGGUUUAGUGUAUUUCAUGUUUAAUGUUGGGAUCAGGUGUCUAGGUAUUGGUAUAAUUUUAUUCGUCUUUAAUAACAUCUUGUCAACUUCGUAUUCCCAUAUUACAUGCUCUUUGAGAGUUUUUUAAAUUGCUGGUUUCAUCAAGUGGUUGCUUUAAUUUGGGUAGAAUUGAUGUAGAUCUAGAUACAACACUUUCAGGAACAUGUGAUGGAUUUCUAUUAACCCAAUAUUUUUAUUUGUUUGACUAUCUGUAGUUUUUUCCAUACGUAUCUUGGACAUUUCUGGUUAUGCUUAUUUCUACAUAGUUAAUACUUUUUGUUGUAAAUCGUGACUUUUUUUUCGCAUAAGACCCCUCCCCCUUUCCUUUUUUGUUUCUAAUUUUACUUAGUUGACAAGAACAGAAGUUAAAAAUAUAUAUGUUUAUUCUGUCACUUCAUUCUACUCCUGUCAUUACACAUAACUUAUAAAUUGACGUCUUUUUUCUAGUUGAGCAUUUUUGUCAUCUGCAAAUAAUUUUAGCCAGGUGGCAAGUGUAUGGACUGUGGAGUAAGAAGUACCUGCCUCUGCCUCUGACUUGGGUUCUGGCUAAUAGGAACAAGACAUUUUCAGUAAUGGAAGAAGGAGCUUCCAGGCUGGGGAAGAUCAUCGUUUCCAGUGGUAGCUUGACCUGAGAUGAUACCUGACCACCACUUCUGGGAAGGCCCAGAAUAGACAGAAGAGAGAGAACAUCCUAGAGUUGCUAGCCCCUAAGAGUUGAAUGAAAUGGGCAAGGCCCAGCUGAAAUAACAGGAAACACAUGAAAAAUGCCACGAUUGUAAUGUCUGUGAGGAGAGAGCAAGGCAGUUCUUCAGGGGAGGGGUCAUUGUCAUUCGAAGAUGUGGCUGUGGGCUUCACCAGGGAGGAGUGGCAGUUUUUGGACCAGUCUCAGAAGGUCUUGUACAAGGAAGUAAUGUUGGAGAACUACAGCAACCUAGUAUCAAUAGGGUAUCAAGGCACCAAGCCAGAUUCGCUCUUCAAGUUGGAGCAAGGAGAACCCCCAGGGAUAGUAGAAGGAGCAGCCCACAGUCAAAUCUGUCCAGGGUAUUCAUUCAGGAGAAGGACCCUACAGAUGGAGGGAAUGCAGGAAAGCUAAGAAGAAUCACACCUCAUUGCAGGUAAAAAUUAAAAUCUGAAAGUCAAAACUCUUUGAAUAUCUUGUUUACGAGAGAAAUCUCAUAGAUACAGUGAAUGUGAUUGUGAUAAAGUCUUCCCAGUUAAUGCUUAUCUUUCUUGUUAUAGCAGACUCAUACAAGAGGAAACCCCUAUUAAUAUAGUAAAUGUGAUAAAGCCUUCAUGUAGAUACCAAAGGUCACUAAUUAUAUCAGCAAACUCAUGUGGUAGAUAGGUCCUUCUGAAACGGAAUGUGGAAAGCUUUUGAAAGUGACAUGUCCAUCAGAUACUUAAAUCAGAAGGGAAAACGAUAGAGUUAAACUUGGCCAUUGGCCACAAAACCCAUUGCAUAGCAGGAAAGAAUUGCAGUGAUUGUCUAAAAUCCUUCAUUUAAAAUUCAGAGCUGAAUUGCCCCCUAACUCAGUUAUCAGAAAGAUCCUAUUCUCGAAGGCAAUAAUAUUUAGGUUCAAUGCAGGUAUAAAAUCCUAAUGGAGCCAUAUCUAUUCUGCCUCAGCAGAGUCAUACAUUUACCUAAAAGCAAUGGUUCUGGUCACAGGAAAUAAUUUCUGUGGAGGAUUAGAUAGCAUUAAACAUCAUAAGCUUUUAAAUAUAGGAGCAGAAUUUGCUCCAUACAGAGAUUUUAUGAAUGCAAUAAAAGUGGUAAAAGCAUCAGUGAUAAGUUAUUUUUUAUUUCAUGGAUUCACUUCUUCACAUCCUACCAUGUCUUAAAUUGUGAAGCAUCUUAUGAUCUGGAAUGUCAUAGUAAUUGUCAGGGCUUUUUAAAUGUGUGAUGGCACUUUAGAUUUGAGUAAUUACCCUUGCCUGUAUAUAUAAUUUUAUAAUGGUUUUGCAUAAUUAUUAUAGAAAGGAUUCCAGAGAAUAUUCUAUAAAUAUUAGACAUUUCAUUGUCAAAUAUUCCUUUUGAAUAUAUGAAAAAUAAGAAUAUAAUAAGGAUUAGUCGAAUAGUGACAAAGGAUCUUAGGGGUUGUGUUGUGGACUGUACUAUGUGACAUGUACUUUAUAUAUUUAUAAACUUCAUUGUUUACUUGGAAUUACAUGAAGAAACAAUUAUUAGGGUUAAAGAAAUUCUCAACAUAAGACAAAAUGUUGAAUAAUUCAAUGUAGUGCAAAUAAAAUGUUUUUUUCUUAUGAAUCAAAAUGUCUUGUAAUACAUAUUUGACUCAUUAUUAAGGAGUCUAAAGGAUUAUACCACGUAAGUGUGAAUUCCUUAUUUUUGCUGUCAUUUGUAGUAUUUUUGCCAACUGUGAUGAUCCAUCACAAGUAGAAGUUUACAUUUUUCUAGAGCCUUAUAACUCUGAAACAUCCAAAGAUUAUAAAAGAUUUACCUAAAAUAUUUAAAAACCAGCAACACAUUAGAGUAAUGGAAGAAAAAAGUGUGAGGUUAUAUGAGGUGAGUUUAUGGCUAUAUAUUUCAAGUUUGUGUCACACCGAAACUUUUGAUUUGUUAUGAUAAUAGGCCAUUCCUUUGGUGAUUCCUCAAAAAGUUAAAUCCAGACUUACCAUAUGACCCAGGAAUUCCAUUCCUAAGUAAAAAACCCAUGAGAAUUGAAAACAGGUACUCAACCAAAUAUUUGUCCAUGAAUGUUUAUAGCACUGUUCACAAUAGCCAAAAUAGCAUUUGGUUGAAAAGCUCAAAUGCCUAUCAAAGGAUGAAUAAAUAAAAUGUGCUACAUGCAUGUAUACAUGAAUACAUAAAUGGUCAGUUAUACAAAUGAAUGAAGUACUGAUGACAUGUUGCAUGAAUGAGCCCCAAAAAACAUACUGAGUGAAAGAAGCCAAAUGCAAAUUCCACAUUUUAUACUUUCAUUUAUAUCAAAUACUCUGAGUAGGUAAAUCUGUAGAGAAAUAAAGCAAAUUAGUGGUUAUUGGGCACUAGAGGGGAAGGGAGAAUGGAAACUGCGUAGUAUGUAUGGGGUUUUCUUUUAGAAUGAUGAAAAUAUUUUUGAACUAGAUAGAGAUGGUGGUUGCAUAAUAUUGUGAAUGUACUAAACUUCACUGAAUUGUACACUCUAAAAUUGUUAAUAUUUGAAUUUUUACAUGAAGAAAAAUAUAUUUAAAAAGAAAAAUAUUGCAUGAACUCUGGCACUUCAAAUAUGGACUUUUUUUUUUUAACAAAAUGAGACUUACUUGACUGAAUCUUCUAUAAAACUUCUAGUGAGUAUUCUAGUUAUUAAAAAGCAAGGUUUUUAUUACCUCCAUGUGAAAUAACUGACUUAUUUUGGUUCUCAGUGAAACCUAUUGUUUUGCAAGGAAUUCUGUAAAAAUGUACCAGCAAAAUCUUGCUUAUUUUUUUCUCUAGAUUUUUGCCCCUUCCCCAUUUUGUUUGACAGUUGUCAAGAAAUCUUUUCUUCACCAUUUUAUUAUGAAAAUCUUCAGACAUAAAGAUGUUUAAGGAGUACUAAAGUAAACACUAAUCUGGAUUUGACCAUUGCAACAUUUUUCUGUGUGUGUUUGUGUGUGUCAUAUGUUCUGACAACCUCCUAUUCACCCUGGUGCAUGAGGGAGGGACUCCCUACCCUAAGUAGUAUGGAAUGGCUGAACACAACACCUGACACUGGCUAGAUGAAAUUGACAGCAGUUUAUUAGUCACAGAUACAGCCUGAGAGAAAUGGUCAUUGCAUAUAGGUAUUGCACUCAGGAAUAGAGUGAACAAGCACAGAGAUUGUGGGAAGUAGGCUUUAUAUAAUGAGAGGGUAAUGUGCCCAUGGUUUCUGUGGAAGAAUGCAAUUGCUUUGUAUAAUUCCAUGGGCUGAAUAUAGAUUGAGGACCAUGUUGGGUGCAGCUUGUUCAGCUGAUUGGGGAGUUAGCUGGGUGGGAGCCUUUCCUGUGCAGUGGGAGCAUAUCUGGUGAGAGUAAGGGAAUUCAAAGAUAGGCCUUCAGGGCCCUGUAAAGCUCAAAGACUAAAAGCAGGCCAGACAAAUGGCCCGCACCUGUAAUCCCAGCACUUUGGGAUUACAGGUGGAUCCUUUGGAGGAUCCCUUGAGCCCAGGAGUUUGAGACCAGCCUGGGCAACGUAACGAGACUCCAUCUCUACAAAAAAUUUUAAAAUAAUAAUCUUAGAAAGAUUUCAAAGCAGCACGUGAGAUAAUAGGUUCUUAGAGUUUUGUGUGUGUGUGCGUGUGUGUGUAUGUGUACAGAUAUAUAUAUAUAUCUGUAUAUUUCUGGUGAGCAGCCUGAAAGCUACAGUCACUUGCCACUUGAGCAGUUCUCAGGCAAUCACCCACCCAAAGGCUGGUGGGUUGAUGAGGUUCAAAGACAGAGCUUUGAAGAACAUCGGUUUCUCCUGCUUUCUGUAUUGGUUCUCCAACCUACAAUAAAAAUCUUUGUUCUUAUACAUGUAGAGGCCCUUCGGCAUAUCCCCAGUUCUACCAAGAUAUGAAAUUGUGGUCUAUGCUCUUCUAAAAAUCCUGAAACAUCUACUGCAAAAUACACAUUUCUUCUCCUUCCUUUCCUUGUUUUUUCUUUUCUUUUCUUUUCUUUCUUUCCUUUCUUUCUUUCUUUGUUUCUUUGUUUCUUUCUUUCUUUCUCUUUCUUUCCUUCUUUCUCUCUUUCUUUCUCUCUCUCCUUUCUCCUUUUCUUUUCUUUUCCUUCCUUUCUUUUCUUUUCCUUCCUUUCUUUUCUUUUCCUUCCUUUCUUUUCUUUUUUGAUGGAGUCUCGCUUUGUCGCCAGGCUGAAGUGCGGUGGCACGAUAUCGGUUCACUGCAGCCUCCGCCUCCCGGGUUCAAGCGAUUCUCCUGCCUCAGCCUCCUGAAUAGCUGGGACUACAGGCGUGCGCCAUCACACCCAGAUAAUUUUUGUAUUUUUAGUAGAGAUGGGGUUUCACCAUGUUGGCCAGGAUAGUCUCGAUCUCUUGACCUCAUGUUCCGCCUGUCUCGGCCUCCCAGAGUGCUGAGAUUACACAAAAUACACAUUUCUAUUGACUUUCCCAGAUGUUGUGUUCAUGGACUCAUGGUUGGAGCUAGUGUCUACAUGGUACUCCUCCUAUAUAGACACCACUGGAGAGAGGCGUAUUCACACCCUCAGCAGCUCCUACAGAUUCUCCCCUGAGGCAAAAGCCAUUCAAAUCAUGCUGCUUCUAGGAAGUACUUUCAUUUCGUUUUACUUCAUCAGUUCUAUCCUGCUCAUUCAUAACGCUGUUCUUUUCCAAUCAAACCUCUGGCUGCAGUAUACUACCACCUUUCAGGCAGCAUAUUAUCCCUCCCUCAGCCCCCCGAUCUUGAUGUUCAAGGUCCCCGAGCACCAAGUUUCUCGUCUUAAAUGGUGAAAAAUAAUCCAAAAUUACUGAUGGUCCUGUUCACAACAGUGUCUCUUCUUCAAAGAAUCUGGUUAUUCACUUAAUAAAGCAAGGAUAUGUGGAUGUCUAGAAUAUGACAGACAUACACCCAAAAUACGGAUAAUUAAAGGAUUUGUAUGACAUUGACUUAGCGAUGUAGAGGCUUUACUCUUUACUCAGAAGGCAGGCAUACAACCAAAUAAACACGAAACUGUCUGUUAGCAUUAUCCUGAUGUUCUCUGUAUUUUUUCUUUGAGAUACUUGAUGGAAGCAUGGAGGUGAGGUUGGGUAGAAAUAAUCUGGGGACAUAUUCGAAUUUUUAACAGUUCAUUAGCACAAUUAUUAAAUUGGUGCAGUAUUAUAUAUUGAUAAACAGUAAUGGCUUUGUGUAUCAACUGUAUAACCCAUGGUAAACCAUUUAAUCAUUAGAAGGCUUAGGGUAUUUACUUGUAAAGUUAAUAAAUUUUUAUCCCAGAGAUUACUGUGCAAAAAAUAAAUUAUGUGAUAAGGCAUGAUGUCCAGAAUAGCAGAGGCAAGGCCUCUGCAUAUCCAUCCUUUCAUUAAAACAACAUAAACAUCAUCACAGUCAAUUUUGGAAAAUAACCAAAGGCUUACAAUAUUUUGAACAGCAUUUUCUUUUCAAGAAAAAAAUUUUGAACCUCAUUAAAAAUAGUGGGGUAUGUGGAAUUUUAAUUUGGCCUACUUCCAUAUC